AAGAGGUGAAGGUCUGGAAACAAAAAAGUCGCGCCUGGGACACGAUUACGCAGCCGAUUCUGGCCCCAACCCGGAAGUUUAUGUCGCGAACACGUGUUGGUGGGAAGGUGGCAGGGCUACAGCCGCCGACCCUCCGGCCCUCCCGCCGCCUCCCCUGGGGCUUCCCCGCCCGGCAGAGCCCUCCCGGGGCCCCGCAGCCUUAGGGGAGCUGAACCGCAGCGACAGACACGGCCUCAAAGUCCAGGGACUCAAACACAGGUUGCUAGGAGAUGGUGGAGCCAGGACAAGAUCUGUUGCUUGCUGCUUUGAGUGAGAGUGGAAUCAGUCCAAAUGAUCUCUUUGAUAUUGACUCUCCGGACGUGGUUCUUGCAAAUCCAGCACCAACUCCAGCUGUUCAGCAGUCAGUACCUCUUAGUGCAUUAGAACUGGGCCUGGAGGCUGAGGCUGCAUCUGCUGUGAAACAAGAACCAGAGACUGUUUCUACUCCAGCCUUAUUAAAUGUUCGGCAACCACCAUCCACCACAACCUUUGUGCUGAAUCAAAUAAAUCAGCUUCCAACUCUGGGGACUACAAUUGUGAUGACAAAAACGACGCCUGUCACCACCACCAGACAGACCAUCACUGUAGCAAAGAUCAUCCAGACCAGCACAACCACCCGGCCCUCGGUGGCAGCACCAGCAGUAAGAAAUGCCUUGACCACUGCACCUUCCAAGGACCAGAUUCAGCUGAAAGAUCUGCUCAAGAAUAAUAGUCUUAAUGAACUCAUGAAACUGAAGCCACCUCCUAAUAUUGCCCAACCAGUAGCAACAGCAGCAACUGACCUAAGCAAUGGUGCAGUGAAGAAGGAGGCUUCCACAAAAGAGGUAGCAAGAAUAUGGAUAAAUGACAUUAAAAUGAGAAGUUUCUCACCUACCGUGAAAGUGCCAGCAGUAAAAGAGGAGGAGGAACCUGAGGAAGAAGAUGAGGAAGAAAUGGGCCAUGCAGAGACUUAUGCUGAGUAUAUGCCAAUAAAAUUAAAAAUUGGGCUACGUCAUCCUGACCCAGUAGUGGAAACCAGCUCAUUAUCCAGUGUGACUCCUCCUGAUGUGUGGUACCAGACAUCAAUAUCAGAAGAAACAAUUGAUAGUGGCUGGUUGUCAGCUUUGCAACUUGAAGCAAUCACUUAUGCAGCCCAGCAACAUGAAACAUUCCUGCCCAAUGGAGACAGAGCUGGAUUCUUGAUAGGUGAUGGUGCUGGUGUAGGAAAAGGAAGGACCAUAGCUGGAAUAAUCUAUGAAAAUUACUUGUUAGGCAGAAAAAGAGCAGUCUGGUUUAGUGUGUCAAACGAUCUGAAAUACGAUGCUGAAAGAGAUUUGAGAGAUAUUGGAGCAAAAAACAUAUUGGUUCAUUCAUUAAACAAGUUCAAGUAUGGGAAAAUCUCUUCCAAACAUAAUGGAAGUGUGAAGAAAGGUGUCAUCUUUGCUACCUAUUCUUCUCUUAUUGGAGAAAGUCAGUCUGGAGGGAAAUACAAAACCAGAUUAAAGCAGCUGCUUCACUGGUGUGGUGAAGACUUUGAUGGUGUUAUUGUAUUUGAUGAGUGUCAUAAAGCAAAGAACCUGUGUCCUGUUGGUUCAUCGAAACCAACCAAGACAGGUCUGGCCGUACUGGAGCUUCAAAAUAAACUUCCCAAAGCCAGGGUUGUUUAUGCCAGUGCCACAGGUGCAUCUGAGCCAAGAAACAUGGCAUAUAUGAACCGUCUUGGAAUUUGGGGUGAAGGAACUCCCUUUAGGGAGUUCAGUGAUUUUAUUCAGGCUGUUGAAAGAAGAGGUGUUGGUGCCAUGGAAAUAGUUGCUAUGGAUAUGAAGCUGAGAGGAAUGUACAUAGCAAGGCAGUUGAGCUUUUCAGGUGUAACUUUCAAAAUCGACGAAGUUCUGCUUUCACAGGAAUAUGUUAAAAUGUACAAUAAAUCUGUGAAACUGUGGGUCAGUGCUCGGGAGCGGUUUCAGCAGGCGGCCGAUCUCAUCGACGCGGAGCAACGCAUGAAAAAGUCCAUGUGGGGGCAGUUUUGGUCAGCACACCAGAGGUUUUUCAAGUACCUUUGCAUAGCCUCCAAGGUGAAGAGGGUGGUGCAGCUUGCUCGGGAGGAAAUCAAGAAUGGCAAAUGUGUUGUCAUUGGCCUGCAGUCAACAGGGGAAGCGAGAACAUUGGAAGCUUUGGAGGAAGGUGGAGGUGAACUGAACGACUUUGUUUCCACAGCAAAAGGAGUAUUCCAGUCUCUUAUUGAAAAGCACUUUCCAGCUCCCGACAGGAAGAAGCUGUUUAGCUUGUUGGGAAUUGACUUGACUGCUCAAAGUAACAACAAUUCACCCCGAGACAGCCCUUGCAAGGAGAACAAGAUAAAGAAACGAAAAGGUGAGGAGAUAAGCAGAGAAGCCAAGAAAGCUCGCAAGACAGGGGGCCUUGCAGGCAGCAGCUCUGAUGAGAGUGAGAGUGAGUCUGAUGCUUCAGAUAAUGAAGAAAGUGACAAUGAGAGCUCCAAAUUCUUGAGUUCUGGAGAUGAUGAUGACUUCAACCCAUUCAGAGAUGAAUCCAGUGAGGAUGAUGAAGAUGAUCCCUGGCUCAUUAGAAAAGAGCAUAAAAAAAAUAAAGAAAAGAAAAAGAAGAAAAGCAUAGACCCAGACUCCAUUCAAAGUGCCUUACUCGCCUCUGGCCUGGGAUCCAAACGACCCAGCUGCUUCACUUCCACUGUUGGUACCACCACCUCGAGCACCAACACGUCUGCAAACAGCAACACAAACAGCAGCUUUGUAACAAGUCAGGAUGCUGUUGAAAGGGCCCAACAAAUGAAAAAAGAGCUGCUGGAUAAACUGGAAAAGCUGGCUGAAGAUCUUCCACCUAAUACACUGGAUGAGCUUAUAGAUGAACUGGGUGGUCCUGAAAAUGUUGCAGAGAUGACGGGCCGCAAAGGGCGGGUUGUGAGCAACGACGACGGCAGCAUUUCCUACGAGUCCAGGUCUGAGCUGGACGUGCCUGUGGAAAUCCUGAACAUCACAGAAAAGCAGAGGUUCAUGGAUGGAGAUAAGAACAUUGCCAUCAUCUCAGAGGCUGCCAGCUCUGGGAUAUCAUUGCAAGCAGAUCGGAGAGCCAAGAACCAGAGACGGAGAGUUCACAUGACCCUGGAGCUGCCCUGGAGUGCAGACAGAGCAAUACAGCAGUUUGGAAGAACUCACAGAUCCAACCAAGUGACUGCUCCAGAGUAUGUGUUCCUCAUUUCUGAACUGGCAGGAGAGCAAAGAUUUGCAUCCAUAGUUGCAAAAAGACUGGAGAGCUUGGGAGCCCUCACCCACGGGGACAGAAGGGCCACAGAAACUCGAGACCUCAGCAGAUUCAAUUUUGACAACAAGUAUGGCAGAAAUGCUUUGGAGAUUGUUAUGAAAUCCAUUGUGAACUUAGACUCCCCAAUGGUCUCACCUCCUCCUGAUUUUCCUGGAGACUUCUUCAAAGAUGUUCGUCAGGGAUUGAUUGGCGUGGGCUUGAUAAAUGUAGAAGACAGAUCCGGAAUACUGACACUUGAUAAAGAUUAUAACAAUAUAGGGAAGUUUCUGAAUCGAAUUCUUGGAAUGGAAGUCCAUCAGCAGAACGCUUUGUUCCAGUACUUCUCUGACACGUUAAAUGCAGUUAUUCAAAAUGCUAAAAAGAAUGGGAGAUAUGACAUGGGCAUCUUAGAUUUGGGCUCUGGGGACGAGAAAGUAAGGAAGGCAGAUGUUAAGAAGUUUUUAACUCCUGGAUAUUCUACCUCUGGACAUGUAGAGCUGUACACAAUCAGUGUGGAGAGAGGAAUGUCUUGGGAUGAAGCAACAAAGCUCUGGGCUGAACAGACAGGUCCAGAUGAUGGAUUUUAUUUAUCACUACAGAUAAGAAAUAACAAGAAAACGGCAAUUCUAGUAAAAGAAGUGAAUCCUAAAAAGAAGCUUUUUUUAGUAUACAGACCAAAUACUGGGAAACAACUCAAACUAGAAACAUGUGCAGACCUGAAAAAGAAAUAUAAGAAGGUACCCUCUGAGGAUGCUCUGCCACACUGGUUGGAGCAGUACAAUUCCUCUGCAGACACCUGCACCCACGCCUACUGGAGAGGCAAUUGUAAGAAGGCAGGUCUGGGACUGGUGUGUGAGGUGGGACUGCGCUGCCGGACCUACUACGUCCUGUGUGGCUCCGUGCUGAGCGUGUGGACAAAGGUGGAAGGAGUUCUGGCCUCUGUGAGUGGGACAAAUGUGAAGAUGCAGAUUGUUCGCCUGAGGACAGAGGAUGGGCAGAGGAUCGUAGGUUUGAUCAUUCCUGCAAAUUGUGUGUCGCCCCUCGUGAACCUCCUGUCGACGUCCGACCAGUCGCAGCAGCUCGCGGUGCAGCAGCAGCAGAUCUGGCAGCAGCACCACCCCCAGAGCAUCACCAACCUCAGCAACGCAUAGGAGGAGGACAAGCUACAGGUGUUGACUCUGGUGUUUUGAGGAAAAGGCUGUAAAAGCAUAUCACUUGCAUAAAAAUCAGGGACAGAUUCCAAAGAAAUAUAACUUUUUCAGUUCAGUUGUGUGCUCUCAAAUACUUUGGGAAUAAAGAGAUCCUAAAAAGGUUGGUAGAACUGAAAGCCAGCAGUUGUUUAUGGUGGUGCAUCUGUCUUUCCUUAUGCUCUCUGUAGUGCUUCCUGUUUGCUUUUACUUUUGGCCUUUUAAGCUACAAACCACGAUUUGUUUGAAAACGCUUGAAAAUCCCCAAGCAGGCUUUAUUUUUAUCUUGUCAUACAGUGCUCAGGGUUUAACGCAGUGCAUCGAUGCCAUUGCUGUGGGAGAUCUCGAAUGCAUGUAUUGAGUAUAUAUAUAGAAAAUAUAUAUUGGGUUUUUCUCUUCAAUUUGAGUUUAUAAAAGCAUGAAACCUAGAGAUUGCACAUCAUGCAUUCAGGUUCCUUCCCAGUUUCUGUUUGACAGUGCAUGUCUUUGGAAACGGGCAUGGACAGGAUAAACACACGAGGCAGGAAUUCAGAGAGAAACACAAUCUUAGUUGUACAGCAUUGGUUAUUGCAUUUUUAUAGUGUUUAUACCCAGGUGUUGCAUUUUUUCUGGUUCUCUCCUGGGGGUUAUAUAUUUGAGUCUACAACAUGUUCUUUUUGUGAUAAACAUCUUAAAUUAAAAUUAAUUCAUUUUUAAUGUAUUAAUGGUAUUCCUAAUGUGUACUGCAAAGAUGGCUGGAUGCCUGUUUUUCCUUAAAUUGAAGCAUUUCCUUAAUCUGAGGUGGUUAUGGAAACUUAAGUGCAAAUUCACUUCCAUCUCGCAUACAAUCUUCUAUUUUUUACUUCAUUAACGUAAUUUAAUUUGUCACUUGUAAGAUGAAACCUUACUUGAGCUGUAAAUUAGAGAAUGGGAAACACUUGAGGGUUCCGCUGUAUGUGCUGUUUCUGUUACCCAGUAACUUGAAUACUGUUUAAUAUGUUGUAAGACAUUGUAGAGUUUAUCUGGAGCUGUUUAAAAGAAAUUGUAAUGUACAAAUGUGAAUAGUCACUUAUCUAUAAUAUGGGUAAGUUUUGUUUUGCCUAUAAUAGUAGAUGUUUAUAAGAAAGUGAAGGACAAUGUUUGUCAUUUCUUGCUUGCACAGGUUGCACUAUUGAAAAAUUGAGAUUGUAUAAACCUGUCCAAAAAAACUACAAGAUAAUGAUCUUGUAGAUGUCAAAUAAAAGUUAUUGUACUAACAAGAAGUGGAGUCUUGUUUAGGCAAUCACGGUAUUCCAAAAAAACUAACAAGUCUGUGCAAUUGGAAUUUGACAGGACUUGGCAUGUUCCAGGCUGCUCUAACCAGGCUUCUGUCUUGCAGCCCAAAUCUCUCAGCUGAACUCGCUAAUGAGGCAAGAACUAAACUCUGUUUAAAGCUCCAAAUGUGUGUUUUAAGGAAGGCUCAGCUGCCAGAGCAGGAGCACUGCAGGGGUGGUACCUCCCGAGGGUCAGAAGGAGCUUCUCCGUAAAUAACGGGGCAGAAGUUCCACAGCUUGGGGCCAGAGUGUGUUCCCUUAUGGAAUUGUCCUCUUGAGGCCGGAGUGUGUUCCCUUAUGGGAAUUGUCCUCUUGAGGCCAGAGUGUGUUCCCUUAUGGGAAUUGUCCUCUUGAGGCCGGAGUGUGUUCCCUUAUGGGAAUUGUCCUCUUGAGGCUGCAGCGUGUUCCCUUAUGGGAUUGUUUCCCUUGAGGCUCAGUUAACUCUGCCUUUGCCACCAGCCCAGUGCUCACAGAGCCCCUGCUCGGCAGGGAAGGGAGUGUGCCCAUCUCCUUCAGCUCCAGCCUGAGCUGGUUGGGAGAUUAAACCCCUGCUCACGCUUGGGACUAACUGGGAAUACAGACCUGGAAUAAAUCCUCUGCUCCCUGUUGCUGUAGCACCUGCUGCAUCUCUGUAAAUCCUUGGAAUGCAGGUGGUGGGUGUUGGGAGCAAGGGAAGUGUGCCGGAGUGCCGUCGGAGCCCUGGCAAACUGUGCAGCACAGGGUGUGGGGAAGGAUGUUCCUGUGUUCCAUACCCCCAAGUGCAUGGAUUUGGCAUCCAUUCCAAGAGCAGAGAUGGGAUUUUUGAGGAGUGUGUUGACGGAUCACAACUGCAGCAGACAGGGAACCAAAGUGCCAGUGAGGGCAGGCUGGGUGGGGACUGCCCUGGCUCUGGCUCUUAAUUGUUAUUUAAUGUAGAAACUUCUGGGAUCUGAGAUGGUAACAAUGUUUUAGGUCUUGAUUGUCAGUGAGAUGGUUCUAAAAGUCCCAGGUUCACAAUUAGUGAUUUUUUUUCAAUUUUUUAUCGUUUGUAAAAAAUUACUUAGACUUGCUCAGUUCCUAAGUGCUCUCCUCAGCCUGAUGUUGCUGGGAUGAGCAAAUGCUGGAUAUUCCCUGUAUUGAUAAGCAAACCAAGCUGAAAUUUUAUUUCAGCCUUUUAAACUUUCCACAGACUUGUGUCCCUUGGAGGGGGAAAAAAGCUGACAGUACUUCCAAGAUCCCUAAGAACCGUUCCCAUUCCAGAAAUCUAUUCCUCCACUUGCUGUCCUUUGCCUGCUCUCUGCUACUUGCCACCAUCACUGCCUUGGCUUUGCCACCCAGUUACUAACACAGCUGCAGCCACGGCUCUGGACUGUUAAACAUCUUAAAGGUUAACAGCAAAAAAAGAAAAAAAAAAUAGCCUUCAAGCUCCAGCAAAGUUUUCUCUCUUGAAAAUUCCUGCUCAGGGGGUUGGGAUGGGGGUUUGGGGCAGUUUGUUCUCUGCAUGAGCUGCUGCUCCAGCUUGGGGAGAAAAGGAGUAUAAAUAGCACUGGAUGGGGUGAGGAACAGUGAGUGGUGUCCCUUUGCAGCACUGCCCCUGAGACAAACAUCCUCCUGGGCAGGAAAGGAGACCAAUUGUCACUAUAAAUUACCAGGCAGGGACGGUCUCUGUAUUUUCCUGCUUGUGGGGUAUUGAUCUGCUUUGUAAAAAUGAAGUACAAAAUGUUCAGUGGAGUGGGUACAAAACUUACAGAGGGCAGAUGUCUCUGAUAAAGGGGCAAAGCCACGUGUAAAAUGGUGUCAACUUCUGCGCCAUGGGAGUUUUGGACUCGUGCUGCAGAAGGGGAAGGUACAUAAUUAAGUUGACUUGAGAACUGAAACUCAAAUUUUGGGGUUUCUUUUCUAAACUGUCCCUUGACAGCAACUAAAUUAUGACUUGUUAACUAUGUCUGACACAUUAAAUGCAGUUGUAACCUCCUAGAAUCCUCCUCCCACAGCAAGUUUUCCACUAUUUCCAGUGGUUCAUUGGGAACACACACCUCUUGUAAGGACUUCCAAGUUCCCUGAAGAUGCGAGUUGUCUACUCUGUGUGUAGUAUUUUCUUUGUAAAUGAAGAAAUCUCUGCAACCUGUAAACGCUUGUCCAGUGAAUUACCCAGGGGAUUUGUAUUUUCCUUUGGCAUUUGGAAUAACUUCCCUCUGCUCCAGCGCAGUCUGUACAUAUAUAGAGUCUGUAUGUAUAUAGAGGUGUUAAAGGCUACUGAAUAUUGAAUGUAAA